AACGGAGACGGUUUGCCUUGGAAGGGGGUUUUGGGACCCCUUAGGGUUUGCUCUUGGGUGUGCUGUUUUCUAGGGUUUUAUGCCUCGGGUUUGAUUUUAGCAGAAUCACGUGUUGCGUUCCUUUCAAUCACAUCGCCAUCUCCUCUGAGCGCAUCAAAGCUUGUGUUUUUUCUUUAUUUUUACCAACAUGUCGGGAAGAAAAGAAACCGUGCUGGAUCUGGCCAAGUUUGUGGAUAGAGGAGUAUCUGUGAAGCUGAGUGGUGGCCGACAAGUGACAGGAACUUUAAAAGGAUAUGAUCAGCUUUUGAAUUUGGUGCUGGACGAGGCUACGGAAAACUUGAGGGAUUCGGAUGAUCCUUUGAAGACGACAGAUCAAAUGAGACAAUUAGGCUUGAUUGUUUGUAGAGGAACUGCUGUAAUGCUGGUUGCUCCAACAGACGGUACUGAGGAAAUUGCAAAUCCGUUUCUUGCGAAUGAGACUCCUGCUGCUACUUGAUUUGUCUCUCCAUCAUCAACAACCACGUUCGCGUUCGGGAGAUCACUCCUCCCUUCUGGCUGGACAGUGGUGUUACAUAUAAUUGUCCUGCGGAAUGGAUGUCGUCUGGGUAGAGACCAAGUUGGAUGUACCAAUCAAUGUUUAAUUUUGGAUUUAAUUAUCUCAAGAGCCAAAUGUACAACAGCUUGUACUGUUUUCUUUUUGCGGUGUUAUAGUGCUUGAUAUAGAGACUGAUUAUAGCGCUUGAUUGCCACAAUUUCUGUCGUGACUGUUUUAAAGAGUGCCGUUAGGGUUCAAUCUGUAAUUGUUACUGUAACAGCUCCUGUUAUUAACACACGUGACUUUCUCAACGGUGUUUUACAAACAUUAUAAACUGACUAGAACUGGAAAAUUAAAAACUAGUGGAUGUUGGUGGA